AUGUGUAGCAACUGGGCGCAACGCAUUCUCUGAAUCCGCUUCGGCGUGCCGACGACACCGAUGCUUGUGCCCACAGACUGAUCACAGGGCUUUACCCGGACAGCACUGAAUGGUAGCAGCUGAGAAACGGGUGCGGAGCGAGGGUUGCCAAAUCCGGAGGAUUUCUCACGGCUCUCGGACUAGAAUGCUCUUCUAUGUGUAUCCCCAUAAACGGAUGACAACCUACAAACAAUCCUAUACUGAAAACUGUCAGUUCUGCAUUUGACGUGGGGCUGUUAUUGAGAUUUUUUAAAACCAGGUCCAAGAAUAGGCAUCAUGCAGGUGCAAACUGUGGGCUAACGUUACUGAAAUGACUUGCUCGGCGCUGACGCGUUUCACUGUACCAUGCCAACCCCGCAUUGUCAGAUGCCAUUUUACUCUGCGUUAUCCCAGCGUCUGGAAUUCCAACAUACUGGGCCUGUUGUGUAAUUAGAAGUUCGUGAGGCAGUGGCAAACAAGCUGGUGCAAUGAGAAGCUACGCUGGCCCAGGCAUUGUGCGCAAUUUGUGCUAAAGCUUAUGGGUCCUGCGUACUCAAGCUCCUGGCUUCCACUUGGAGAGGUGUGCUGCUGGGCUACAGCGCACUGGCUGUCAGCUUCACAUCUGGACCGCCUGGCUACUGGCUACUGUCAACUGCGGCCUGUUCGGACGGUGCACUCCCUGAACUUGUAUGUUUAAGGGGAACUGACUGACAUCGCCUCGGGUGGUGUCGUGUUAGGGAGAAGGGGAUAAUAUUUGAGUGGGACUUGACGUUAUCGGUGAUCCACUGGAACACCGUCGUCCAAAGCUGGACUGGCUGACUACUCAAGGAAAAAACGCUUAUCCAGCUAUGGAUUUUGCGUAGCGAAGUCACGCAUUUUUGAAGGUAACGCUAGGGUGACAUUGCAGUCUUCUCACCACAUCGGUUAUUUUGUCGUCCGACAAAAAAAUACAAGAGGGAAAGUGGAGUAUUGUCCGUCAUACGUAUCAACCCAGUGGGAUUUCUACGUCUGGUCGGCGUUCCCCCCCACCCUUCCCGCGGUGACGGUUAUGGGUCGGAAGCGGUGUGUCGGUGCAGAUUGUUCCAAGAUGGCGGCCGGGUGCUGCGGGGUGAAGAAGCAGAAACUGUCGGGAUCGCCCGGGUCGGGGGGUCCUGGCGGGGUGGGGGCGGGAAGCGGGGUGGCAGGAACCGGACAUUGUGGAUCAGAGUUGGGGAUUGGCUCCUCCGCGACCGUUGCAGCAGCGGCGAACGUGAGCAGAGCCAACGGCCUGGGGGGACCCGGGGGUAACGUUAGCGGCAGCAGUAGUAGUAGUGGUAGCAGCGGCACAAACGCUCUGUCCCCAGCCCCGGCCGGUUACACUUCAUCCGGCCUCUCCCCGAAUCUAAGCUCGGGACCUGGCUCGGGCAGUGGAGGCAGAAAAAUGGUCGUCUCAGCGGAGAUGUGCUGCUUCUGUUUUGACGUGCUUUAUUGCCAUCUGUACGGAUACCAACCUCCGAGAACACCCAGGUUUACAAAUGAUCCCUACCCGCUGUUUGUCACAUGGAAAAUAGGCAGAGACAAGCGGUUGAGGGGUUGUAUAGGUACAUUUUCUGCCAUGAAUCUGCACUCAGGACUCAGGGAGUACACCCUUACCAGUGCCCUUAAAGACAGCCGCUUCCCCCCUAUGACAAGGGAUGAGCUGCCUCGCCUCUUCUGCUCAGUGUCUCUUCUCACCAACUUUGAAGACGUCGGUGAUUACCUUGACUGGGAGGUGGGUGUUCACGGUAUUAGGAUAGAGUUUUUCAAUGAAAAAGGUUCAAAGCGCACCGCCACCUACCUACCAGAGGUUGCAAAGGAGCAAGGUUGGGACCACAUUCAAACCAUAGAUUCCUUACUACGAAAGGGAGGUUACAAAGCUCCCAUCACAAAUGACUUCAGGAAGACCAUUAAGUUAACCAGGUACCGUAGCGAGAAGUUGACAAUGGGUUAUGCAGAGUACAUCGCCCACCGCCAGCACCAUCACUACCAGAAUGGCAUUGGGCACCCUCUACCACCCUACAACCAUUAUUCCUGACAGCGAGCCGCAUGACCAAUCAUUGGACCUCUCCGCGGACCUUUUCCCAGGAGAGCCCGCCCCCUCCUGGUCUAGCUAUUUCUACUACUGUACCAUUUUAUGAUGAUAGUUUCCGUUGCCAUGCUGGCCGUCUCCCAGACGUUGACAUGGCAACGGGGUGGCAACGAAGCAUCAUUUGAUUACGGCAAGAAAUCCACAUCUCUUUCUUUGCCUUUUUGGUUAAGUUUUUGCAGCAUAUGUAUACCAAUAUCUAUAAUCCCCCUAUUCAUUAAUAGUUUUGAAAAUGAAACCAAUAUUCGAUUUUAUUAAGCAAACCUAAUCAAGUGUUUGAGUCUGUGGAUGGAAGGAAGUCUCUUACGGUGGAUUAGUGUUGCGUGUAUAUUGUUUAGUCUUUGCUACAACUUUUACAUUAUCUAAGAAUGAUUUUUAUUUUAUUUUUGCUUCAUCUUACUAUCCAGGCCAUGUAGCAAGGCAACUGCAGUUCUCAGAGGCUGUGUCGUCUCUUCUGAUUCCUCUCAACAAAAAAAACCCAACAGAUUGACUGUUGAGCCUUGUAAACUCUUGUAGUGUUGUAGUUGGAACUAUAUAUCGGGAUCUGUAUACUCCAAAGUAUAGAUGGUAGGAUGUGAUGCCCUUUGCUGGUAGUGUUUAUUGUUUGAGCUCACAAUUGUGUGUGUGUGUGUGUGUUUCUGUGUGUGGAUAUAGAUAUUGGUCUGCCACAAGAUGAAAAUCAGUAGAGUAAAAGUAGAGAUUGGAUUUUAACCUGAAGUUUACCGACAGAGACUUUGUUUUGGAAAGUAUUUGUAAUGUUUUGUGGUGGAACUUGUACACCUUAAACCGAGUUUGUUCGGCUAGAGCUUUCAGCCAUGUUCCCUCUUUUCUUUUCUGUUUAACUUUUUGAGGUAAUUGUGGAGGAAGCCAUUUUGUCUGAGGAUAAUCACGUCUGUGCAGGGGAUUUAUUAAAUAUCUAUGUAAAAUUGGCAAGUGGGUCGGAUUUCCCCGCAUUGGAGGGUGGGAGCAGGCGUAACUACAGGUCCCUAGAAGGAAAAUGAAAAAAAGACUGCAUGAACAAUGCUUUCAUUUACAUUUACUCUCUGCUGGUUUCUGAGUUUACUGGCAGGGAGUCACUUGACAGGGACAUGCUAUAACUGCUUGAAGCCAUAUUCUCUUUUUACUCCACACUUUGUAAGAGUAAUCUGUUUGGCUCCAAGUGUUUGCAUACCACUGAACUGGUAACCUCUAAUAUGUUGGGUCUUCAGCCUGAAUGCAAACUUACACCAGCCAGCCUCAGGCAAAGGCUGCGUCACUGAAUACUAGUCAAACCGGGCGGUUUAAGUCAUUUGUCGGACGUCUUGUAUAUUGCCCGUGUUGUUGUGGAAACGUUGUCUUGCCUCUUCAGAUUAUAGCUAACCAUUCUGUCACUCGUUCACAAAGUAUGAUGUAUUAAAAUUGUCAUUUUGAAUGCAGACGCACAAAGGAAGUGAUCUUAUUGACGUGUCUGUCAUUUAGAAAUGCAUGUCAUUGUGCUCUUUAGAAGCAGCCGCAGUAAUGCAGCUAGUCGAUGCAGUUGUUGAAACCGCACUACCACCGUUCUCCUCUAACACUCUGCUGUUCAGCGAGAUCCCGUUGAUCUGCGUGUCCACGGCACAGGAAAUGUUUAGGUUAGUUUUGUCAGCUGUUUGGCAGUAGGUUAGAGCAAACACAGUUGAAUUAGUUUCGAGCAGAAUCUCUUCGCCGGGCGGUUUGCAGUUAAAGUCUACAAAUAAAAAAAAAAGCCAGGGCUUUGUAAGGACUUAAUAAGCCAUUUGUCAUCCAAAUAUCACUCGUUGUGAGUCACAUCCACACACGCUAGGCUAGUUGGCUUUACUUUUCCAGAAUGUUUUGAGGAUCAUGUGAGCCGCUUGCUUUGGGUUCAGUGUUUAGUUUUACCAACUGGAAUUUUUGAGAGGUUCUUGUUACUUGACAUGUUUCUAUGUAACAGCCUUUACUAACUGACAGGUUAUUUUUUCUUUAUGCAAAAAUGUCAAGGGCUUUUGGCACUCCAUCCACAGUAACCCGAAAUGACCCAGAUUUAAGUUGUGUUGCCUUAAAUGAAUGAUUUAAUAAACGAUGGGCCGGUGGAUGAUGCUCUGACUGUUCCUCUGUCCCGUGGUUUCCCAGCUCCCAUCUUCACACCACACUGUAGGAAAGCGCAUUUCUUCACUUGAAUGCUAAUACCUUCUUAGACAUAUGGGGGCUCCUGUAUGCCUGCAGUCUCCUGUUUGCUCACUCAGCAGCUGGUCCUCAAUUCUUUCAUUUUCUUUUGAAAGUCCCACAAAAACACAUUUUCUUAAAAUACUGUCGGGGCUCUUUGGUGUCGUUACACUAAAUGUUUAAAAACCAUGGGAACACAGUCUCCCUUUUAAAUGUAUGCUUUCAUAAUGAAUACACUACAUGAAAAAGUGGAGCAGUCAAGGCAUUCGUCUGUCUAGCCCAUUUAGUACAGCACAACCUGAAUUCUUCUGCUGCAAAACCAAAUUGACCAUGCUCUUUUACAUAAAUGUCUUUGUGUACACAUGCAAUGUAUUUUGUUGCAUGUAUGUAUGAGUAUGAGACCUAUGGUUUUAUCCAUGAUAUGCUUGAUCUAUGGCUUAGACACUCUUAUUAACCAUUAAGAGAUUUAAAAGACAAAUAUGGUGCUAUCGGACCUCAUAUUGGGGUGGUCACAUGCUCGUGACUGGUCAUGCGGACUCAUCGAUCAUAUCAUACUUAAAGAUGCUGCAUGUAGGAUUUUCUCUUUAGUGCGUUGCUGUGAAAUGAGUCGUGACGACAUAUUUUUAACACCGAAGGAUGCGACCAAUCUGUGCUUUCAUUAGGGAUCAAUUCCCUAUGGGAAAAACAGGCUGAUAUUCUUACCCAUAUAAUGAAGAAGGAAAAGUCCCCGCAGAAAACUACGUCAUAGGGGCUGUGGAAUGUAAUGUUAAUGGUCGUUAUUACAAUUUUAACAGUGAUGUUUUGAGAGAAAAUCCUGCAUGUGUUACCUUUACUAUCCUUGAUAUAUGCAGAUCUGUUCAACAGGUGUUUUUGUUUCUCCUACCAGUGCAAGUCAACACCCCUGCAGGUUUGAAAGGACAAGAAGUCACACGUAGCCUAUGUCCCCCCCCCCCCCCCCCCCCCCCCUUACACUGGCCCAACCUCAUGGCCUGGUCUGUCAAGGUGUGAUGCGGGUCGUUGGGUAGAUAGCGGCUUUAGUAGUGACCGUUGCCUCCUGGAAGUUUUAGAUGCUGCUUUUUCAGAGCACAUCCUCCGUUUUACCUUUAGCCGCUGAAUCGUUUGAUUUGUCGACUUAAGGUCCGUAACCCUCUCAAACCAUGUCGAGGGUAAGCAUCUCCUAUAAUGGCACGCAGAGCUAAUGUUUUACGUAGAACGCUCAGAAAAAAAUAGUCCUGCUUCUGUACUGAUUUAACAUCGAUACCUCAUGGGACAUUAUGGAACGGCAUUCGUAGUUCGUUGUAGCAGAUUGUGUUUUGGUUCCAUACUAGGGUUAGAGUUCAGCCUCAGCAUUCCUUGCGCGGUCAUUCUCAUAUUUCGUGGAAUGCUCAAGCUCGUGUUACCUUCGUAUGUUUGUGAACCAAAGACGCCAGUGGCCAUGCCCAAAUGCUGCUCUUCAGGCCUGGCUUCCUGUCCUUCCAAAAGUCACCCCUGCAUUUGACAAAAUGUUUUUCGUCUUUUUUCUUUUUUGUGUGUGUGCGAUUUCUCAACUGUCUUGACUUAUUAAGCAACCCAACUUUUCAAUGAAACUUUCAUUGAGUAUCUCUGACGCCGUACGUGGCAUCAAGGAUGGUUAAGAAUGGUUGCAAAUUGUUGUUACUUGUUUUGUUUAUUAUUAUUAUUAUUAUUAUUAUUAUUAUUAUUAUUAUUAUUAGAAAUAGUAUUAGUAUAUUAUUGCUAUAAUUUACAAAAAUUUAAAUCCCAUGGUGUGCCUCCUAGCUUUAUGGGUUUAUAAAUGUUUUUUCCCUAAAGACCAGCAGUUAUACUUUGUAUAAAAGAUGGAUUUUUCCUUAUUUUUUAUGCCAUUAAAGAUGAAAAAGCCUGUUUUCGUUACUCUGGACCCAGUAGCUGCACUGGUAUACAAUCGCACUGAUAGAUGAAUAAUAAAAAAAAAAAAAAAAAAAAAAGAAUGAAUCAAUAAUAAUAAUAAUGACAAAUGAAAUAAGAACUACAAUAAACUUGUGUUUGAAGCUUUUAUUACAAAAAGAAAAAAUUAAAAAGAAAAUAAAGAAAAUGACUGUUUUUGUACAUCAAAAUAAAUUCUUUUCAAAAGAA